AUGGGCCCGGGGUCGGCGGGGAGCGUGGGCCCUGACCCGCUCAUGGCCCUGCUGGUCGUCAUCCUGCUGGCCCGCUUCCUUCUCUGGUCCUGCCUCGGCGCCUUCAUAGACUAUAAGUUGGCCCGACGGCGCGCCCGGAAGCCCAAGGAGGACUAGGGCAGGAGGACUCUGAGCGGCCAGGAGGGCGCUGCCCCAGAGGGGCCCGGUCCUGAGCUGAGGGCUUGUGGGACAGGGCAGGCCCGGCGGUGUCCUGGUCACUAGCCCGUCCAAGGACGGGACCAAGGGGCCGUCAGGUUCCGAGGCUGCAGCUGGAGGGAGGGGGCUGCAGCCCUGAGGGUGGGUCUUGCUUUCAGACACUCUGCCUCCAGGUCUUUGUAAGUGUGUUUGCAGGGGGAAGUGGGGACAAGCCCCAGGGCUUGUGUGGGUCCCGGGACAGAGGCGGCCACACCACAGGCCAGCCCUGCUCCUCGGCCCCCUCGUGCCCCCCCAGAGGGUGCUAGUGAGAGCAGUCAGCUGCCCUGCUCUCCCCGGAGCAGAGCCCCGGAGGGCUUCAGGACAGAGGCGGCACCUGCGUUGGAGCCCAGCUCUGCCGACUGUGUAAAUUCUCUUUCUCUGUCUCUAAAAUGGGCCCAAGAAGCCCCACCUCCCUCCUCAGCAGGGUAGGAGGAGGGUGGGAGGAGGGGUGGGGGCUCGCCGCCUGCACCCUGCUGGACAGUGUCGGAGGGAGGGCAGGGACCCAGGGCCCUCUCUUCCUCGGUACUUGUAAGCGUGUGGCCGAGACACACCUCAGAAGGCGGGCAGGCGGCAACCUUGACUCAGACCCCGGAACCCGGACCUUCCGCCUGCCCGUCACACCCCGCGUGGGAGCGGUUCUCGGCCUGCUGGCUGGUUCUAACCACUUGCAGAUUUUAGCAAACACGAUGGCCGGGCCCCCCAGAUGGAGAAGCACGGGCAGGGACAGGGGGUCCUCGGGAGGCUGGCGCCUGGCGGCCCAGGACUGGGGACGUCUGUCAGAGCAGACUCAUAGAGAGCUGGUGUCGCUGACCUGGGCGAGCAGACUUGGGAAGCCCCGGCCACCCACCUCGCCUUGCAGCGUCCUGGCAGAGGGACCAGAGGGACCACAGGCCUGAGCGGGGACGCGGCGGGACCCCAUGAGUCACGGACACCGAGAUCUUGUUUUGCUCCCGGAAGACCUUCCAUGCUCAAGGCCACCGCAGCGACAGG